AUGAUGAUGAACUUUUUGAAUGGUUACAUUAGAGAUUGCUACUUUUUAUAACUACAAAGGAUAUAUUAAUUGCAGCUAAAGCUAUUUAAUAUUGGUGUUCAAAAGGAUUCGGUAAGAAUUUAAUUUUUAAUACCAAGAUUUUAGAUUCAGGAAUCCCAAUGGUUAAUCAAAUCUUAAUUGUAAUGGCAGGAAUAUAAUUGAGAAUUAAUCCAAAGAUGGUUGAUGAUAUUAUUCGGCUAAUUUAUGACAAAGAAGAUAAACAGAAAUUAUUAGAACAGCUUUAGUAAGCUGAAUAAAAAUAAGUGAGCUUAAAGGUUACUAAUGUAAAUAUAAAUAUUAAUUUAGUCACCAAAAAUUCUAAAAGCAAAAGUUGAACAAAAGGAUCCAGGAUUAUUUGGGAAUAUUCUAACAGCACUAAGAUGUUGGGAUAAAAAAUAAAAAUGA